AUGAUGCGAUCGGUCCACAACCGACGAGCAGCUACACUCCCUACUGACGGUGUUCCAGCGGAUUCCCAUCCAAAGGUUGUCAAGCGUCGACUAACAGCAUGGGACGACCUCGUGAACGCACCAACUCGACCUACCUCCCGUACCGCUUCGUCCCCGAAGCUUCAUCUGAAGGACGAAGAGGUCCACGGCUUCCGUGACUUGGCGCACAGUAUCGUAUCCAGCACCUUGAUGCAAGAGUGUGACUACCGUCGCUUGGGAAGUCGGGAGCCGGAUGAGAAGCAGUGGAAACUGCUCAAGAGACGCGAAGACUUGAGUGUCUACAAGUACGUGCCACUCGACAAGGCCUCGAGUGCGUUCAGCGUCAAGUGCACGGGCACCGUCGAAGGCAGUAUGGAAGACAUGCUGUAUGGCACCCACUCGAAAAACCGCGACGAGAUGCGAGCAACCGCAGCGUAUCUGCACAGCAGCCACAUGGACUGUGCCGUGUUGAACGUUCUGGAGAGCGGCUCAGACGCUGAUCCGUACAAUCAACUUGCGCUCAAGUGGUCGGUCGCCGAGACGUUUGGUGACGCCCGGUUGGUGAACCACCGCGACUGGUUCAACAUCGAGUCGACGGGCAUGGGGGUUGAUGAAUGCGGUCAUCGCUACGGCUACUUCCUCGCUCGUUUUGCCAACCAUUCAGGGUGCCCACCGAUGCCAGACCACAGCGACGUGAUCCGUGGCAAGAUGGCCAUGUGCUGCAUCUACCGCCAAGAGCCAGGGUCGAAAGUCGUGCGUGUGUAUGCAAGAGGAGCGAUGGAGCUAGGCGGAGGGAUGCCAGCUUUCGUCACCAGUAGUGCGUCGUGUGCUAUGAUGUUUUCGAUGGCAGUGGCAAUGGAAAGCGCGGCAGGUAAGCGCCUGACAAAGCUCGCGCUUCUCCGCAUGGAAGAGCGAGCGAAGGAACGAGACGAGGGAAAGCAUACAGCGUCAGAGAGGAGCGAAGGGGACUUGGGCCGGUCGCAGACGAUCACAAGUAGCUCCGUCAUGGACUUGUUAUCCGCGUCGAUGGUCUCGUCUUCGCAGUAUUUCGCUAGCGAUCGCAAGAUCAAGUCACUGCGGGUGGCUCGAGAACCAUGUCACGUGUGUGAGAAGAAGAGGCCUGCUAUGCCCCACCUUGUUCGAUCGGCUCACCCGAAAUGCGGCAUCUGUCACGAACGGACAUGUAGCAAAUGCAACAUCAAGCGACGACUCGUUGGUCACUCGGGUCCCGUGUCCGUGCUGUGCUGUAAACUCUGCAUCAUCCAGUCCAGACGUCUGCGCAUCGACCCGAGAGAGCCGUGCCCGAUACUGCCCUAG